UUAAACAGUCUGGUAUGUUUUGGUAUUUCUUGCGGUAUUUACAUCAUCUGCCCACACUGACAACACUGUAACUGUUUCUCUGUGUGUGAUGAGUGAGUGUGUGUGUGUGCGUGCAUGUUUGUGGUGGUUGCAAUAGAUUUGUUUGUGCGUAGAAAGGAAAGCGUAAAUUGUUGCAACGAAAAUUGGACAUAGACACCAUAGAAGCGUUUGCAAACUCCCAAAGAACAUUCGCCCACGAAGCCCACGCAUCAGCAUGGACAUCAUGGACAUACAGGCUGUCGAAUCCAAGCUGAGUGACGUCACAGUGACACCAAUACCACGCUCGCAAGUGCAAAACUUUUACAACUACCAGCAGCAGCGUGAACAGCGCGAGCAGCAACCCCAAAUCCAAAUAUCUGCCAUCCAUCAUUCGCGUGGCAACUCCAGCAAUAGCGGCUCGGCCGGCAGCUCCGGCAACAACAGCAUGGGCGGCAUGGGUGCCACGGACUACUCCACCAGCAGCGGCAACGCCAAUAGCAAUAAGCGCGACCGUUCCGCCGAUUACAGCACAUCCAGCAAACAGAAUUCGGCGGCAGCCAAUGCUGCUGCGGCAGCCGCCGUUGCCGCCUUGCAAUAUUCACCGCAGUUCCUGCAGGCGCAACUGGCUAUGCUGCAACAACAAUCCAACACUACAGCCACGCCUUCAGCUGCUGCUGCAGCGGCCCUCUCGCUCGCGAAUAUUGCGGCAGCCACCAAUGGGGCACGCAACUCCGGCAACAGCAAUGGUAAUAAUCAGGGUCUGAAUCUAACGCAGUCACAGCUUAAGUACCCGCCCCCGUCCACAUCGCCGGUGGUGGUGACCACCCAGACAUCAGCAAACAUAACCACACCCCUCACAUCCACAGCCAACCUGCCGACGGUGGGCAGCCUGAGCACCGGCAAUGGCCUGACCAAAUACGCCCAGCUAUUGGCCGUCAUCGAGGAGAUGGGCCGCGACAUAAGGCCCACAUACACAGGGUCGCGCAGCUCCACUGAGCGGCUGAAGCGCGGCAUUGUCCAUGCCCGCAUUUUGGUGCGUGAAUGCCUGAUGGAGACGGAGCGGGCGGCGCGUCAAUGAGAAGAGGAGUGCAGUGGCGAAUUGACGCCACAGCUCCUGUCGCCGGGGGGUAUCUAGGAUAAGUUUUAAGCAAAUUGGGUUUGCCUUUUGUUUAAUUGAUCGAUGUGUAUGUAUGUAUAUCUAAGUCGAAUAAUCCAAAAUGAACGUGAAGCAUUUUGUGUACACGUAGUCCUUUCACUUGUAGGGCUUUCCGUUUUGCUUUAUAUUUUCCAUAUAAAUGGCAAUUUGUGCCACUGGACCAUAGUUAAAGAAUGUUUAGACUAGCUCAGGUUAUAUAUACAGUAAAUAGAAUACUGAAUCUAUGUAUAUGGCAGAUUAUUGAACGGAAUCGAACCAGCACACACACCACACCGAAGGCAGAUCCACACAGAUCGAGAUCAGAUCAACGAGAUCUGUUCUUUGGUUUAUGUUUUGAUGGAUACAGAAUGUAUGCGAAUGAGAUGAAUCCGUCUCGUGUUUGCCAGAUAUUCGUAUAACGAGGAGAUCGUAAUUAUUACACUGCCCCCCGGGGUCUCCGAUAUAGUGUGAAAUUUGAGCUGAUUCCCCCUUAUUUUAGAGAACUAUACAAUGAUAUGAUGUAUAUACAAUACAAAAGAACAAGCGAUACAAGAGAUAUAUAUAUAUAUAUAUAUAUGUAUAUAUAUAUAUAUUUAGAAAAGAUAUACACAUAGUAUAUACUUGUUAUGCCUAAAACACAAGUGCGCAAUGCGAUCAAGAUUAAGUGGAAGAAAAACCCUACAAAUUUAGUGGCAAUU